AUGCUCGUUAGACGUAGUCGUGCUCUUGUUAAGCCUAAUAUCGCAAAGGCAUCGAACUCGGAGAACAUCAGCCGAGAAAGUUACUUCCUGCCUCUAAAAGUGACACUGAAUCUGCCGAUGCUGUUCCUGCCGUUGAGCCUGCUGAGUGUUCAGAUAAUUCACAUGCGAUCGAAGAAACCUCAGAAAUUUUUAAUGACACUGCCGCAGCCACGAGGAUUUGAUAUUGCUGAAUUACGGAACAAAAACGUCAGACCUAGAAAAAAGUUCUCUGGUGAUGAGCAGUUAGACCCGAAGAAAAUGCGCAUGAUGGAUAUGAUAUACUGGAAUCCCAAAAAGGAGAAAGCCAUGACCCGACGCCACGUGGAGACAGAGUCCGUGAGGUCUGCAGUCUGUGAGGAAAAACAGUCUUCCAUUGAAAAACUCAACAACAGCGGCAGUAAAUCGGCAGCCACAGACGGCCGACUUGUGAUCGACGAGAAAAGUUUAGUUAUUGCUGAAACCGUUACCGAUGAUUCCGUUUGGGAAACCAUAGACGAGGACCGAGUAUCUCGAAAAGUUACUUCACUCUCGUUCCGGAAUCGCCUAUGGCGCAAAGGUACAACCUGGACGGAAAAGGAAAAAACUGGUUAUGUUACUGCGUAUCUUUCUACUGUGUUGGGGCUACUUAUGGAACGAUAUUCAGAAAUUCUUCGGUGUACGGGCCCGGACUUUGGAUUGAUGCACGAAUUUUUUCCAACGCGAGCUCGCAAUGAGCUCAAGACCAAGUUCAAUCGAGAAGAGAGGAAUAAUUGGGAAAAACUGAAAGAGGUUAUGGGUAAACCAGCUUUACUAGACGACGAUCUUUACGAGAGGGCUGCCACCCUGCAGAAGGAAAUAGAAGAAGAAGCACUCAAUAAGAAAUUCAAGAAAGUCAAGGAUUUAGAAAGGGAGAAGGCGAAGUUAGAAAAGGCGAUGAAGGAAACGCCGUUUAUGGAAGAGCCUUUUAUGGAAGAUCUUAUGGAAAAGCCAAUCAAGGAAAAGAAGAAGAGAAAGAAGCCUGAGGAACGAGAGUGGGAUGAAAACACAGCGGAUUUAGUUGAAGAGGCUGCUACACUCAUUCGUGAACUAGAAAGAGAGUCCGCUGAACGCGAUGAUGAUGAGGAGGACGAUGCUGAACCAGGUUGCUCAGAAGAACCAGUCGUGGAAGUUAGACGGUCAGGAAAGGACUAA